AAACAAUGCCAAGGAUGGAAAGGCCUCUGUUCUCUACUCUUCUCCCUCUCUUACUGUUGGCCUUGAUGAGCCUCAGCUUNAUGCCUUUGAUUACUUCCCCUCCCUACAGCUUCUGAGACUGCAGCUGGGCACCAUCAGGAUUACAUCUGGGGCAUUUCAAGGAUUGCACCAGCUGCAGCACCUUUCCUUUGAACAUCAUGCUCCAUGUUGCCUGAAUCUUUUCCUCUCUCCAGAUGCCCUGGAGCCCCUCACAUUCCUCAGCAGCCUUUCGUUUCAAGGAUACUGUCUGAAUUGUAGCCAGAACAUCCAUUUUCCUUCCCUGCGUCACCUUACUUUGAGAGGCUGCAGUGCCUACAUUUUCUCAGGCCAAAAACAUGCGUCUAUUUGGCAUGCCCAGGCUGCGAGUGCUNGUACACUCAACCUUGGGAGGAACCAAAUUCAGAACAUAGAAGAUGGGGAUCUCCUAAGCUGCUGCUCCCUGGAACUCCUCAGCCUUCAUGCCAAUGGCCUGCAGUUACUUCCCAUAAGGUUUCUGAGUGCCCUGCCCCAGCUUCAGAGGCUCAACCUCUCAAUGAAUAAGCUAGUACCAACCUUGGUGCUCCCAAAAGGGCUGGUCAGCUCAAACCUGAGAGUGCUAGAUCUGUCCCACAAUGAGCUCUGUGUUCUGCCCAGUGGGGCCUUCUCCUCUCUUCCCCAGCUCCAGGAGCUCUGGCUGAGUGGCAACAACAUCUCUAACUUAUCCAGUGAGAACCUGGAGGGAUUGAGGUGGCUGAAGACUCUAGACCUGAGUUGGAACCAAAUUAAGGUGCUAAAGCCAGACUGGCUGUCCUCUCUUCCUGCUCUCAUCUCACUGAACCUUAUGGGCACCCAUUUAGAGCACAUCUCAGGUAGGCAGCUCCAGGGUCCUCAGAAGCUGAGCCAUCUGCAGCUGGGUUCUACUGAGGUGCUGGAGAUCUACCCUCCCUGGCCGUCAGCACUACUCAGCUUGGAGGUGUGGGCACAAGGCUGGAUCCAGUUUAGUGUCCCCAGUGGUGAACCCUUCUUAACCUUUGUGUAUGGGUUAGAGAAAUCCAUCUGCAUGGCCAAUGCCUCUGGCUACUCUAAGACUCCACUACUCUCCUUCCACUCUGGUCACUGCCCACAUGAUCCUGAGUUUCAGGGCUUUCUCAUCAGUUUCACCCUGGUGUUCCUGUUGGUCAUCUUUGCAUUGCUUGGCUGCCCCAAAUGGCCCUGGCUUCAUCACCUCCGGACUCUAUUUCAUGCCUGGUGGUGGAAAUUGGGUGGGCAGGGCCCCAGAGGCCAAUUCCCCUAUGAUGUCUUUAUAUCCUACUGUGAGCGGGACCAAGCCUGGGUCCUGGAAGAACUGGUUCCUGCCCUGGAGAAGCCUCCUCCAGCUGGCGAAGGCUUGAGGCUAUGCCUGCCUGAGAGGGACUUUGGGGUUGGGCAGGACAGAAUGGAUGCUACAGUCACCAGCAUGGAAAGCAGCAGAGCCACCCUGUGUGUGCUCAGUUGCCAGGCCCUGGAAAGUCUCUGGUGCAAUCUGGAGUUAAGGCUCGCCACCUACCGCUUGGUGGCCAAGCCUGGGACUGCUUGCCUCCUGCUGCUAUUUCUGGAGCCUAUCAAUAGGCAGCAGUUAAGCAGCUACCAACGCCUUACCAGGUGGCUACAGAAGGAGGACUACUUCUAUUUGCCCCAAGGGAGAGUUGAAUGGAACACCUUCUGUGAGCAACUUCGGAGAAGGCUAAGGAAAGCUGGACUAGAGAGAGAGGAUUAAGGACUGUGAGAGAUUUGGCCAUGCAGGAGUAUCUCCCAGCAGGGGCCUGCAUGCCAUCACAUCUGUUCAGCAAGGUCAGACUCACAGAGGGUGCCUAUCGGCAGUGCUCAUUUCAACACCACUUUCCACACUAAAAAGGAGACAGAUGAAGACACCAAAUUCCAAUGGCAAUACAUAUUUGAAAGCACCUGAAAACUCAGUAUUCAUUCAAAAACGAGUUCUGAUACCUGCUGGUCCUUUCACAACACAAGGCAUCCCUCCAGAUAAAGCAUACACAAAAAUGGUUAGUGGAAUCUCAUGUGCACUUUCCAAAAUGAGUUCAUUCUGCCUCUGUUGAAAACAAUGUAUUCACUUGUUUGAUAAAAAGUUAUUUUAUUCCAGAGGAAUGAGGCAAGAAUCACUGAGCUAUUUGUCAGUACUCUGAAGCUAAAUUGAAACCAUGUUUGCAAUUCUCCAAAGGGCCAACAAAUCCAGUUUCCCUAACUCAAGAGGUUCUCACAGUAACAGUAUUACAUGGGUGAGAACAAUAGUUUUAAUCCUUUAUCACACUGGGGGAUCCUACCACAUAAAAGUUAAAUGAUUUACCACCCUGGCACAGUUGGUGUAUCAAAGUCUGGGUCUGUCUUCUGAGUCACAACCCAGUACUCUGUGCUGUCUACUGUAUUCCACUUACCUCUAACCAGUGACAACUUACCUUGCUACAAAGUUAAAAUAAGCAAAAAUGGGGCAAAUAUCUUAAAGACACACAUAUAAUGUAUUUCCAAGAAUAUUUUCAUAGAUUCCAAGAAACUUUACAUAAAAUUAUAAGUGCUCCCAAACAGAAAGAUAAAGGACAUUGAUAAAAGUGGAAUACUAUGCACCCAUUAAAAAUCAUGAUUCAAGGAAUAUUUAGUGCUAUGGGAAAAGACUCAUGAUAUAAUAUUAAACAAAAGUUUUGACAAACUGCAUGAACUGUAAUUCCAAUAAUGAAAGUAACUUUAUAUGUAUCUAAUGUAUGAAAUAUGUAGAGAGACAAGACUAGAAUUGUAAACUAGAAAUAGCCCCAGAAAUGGAAUUGUAGAUGAUUUAAAUUUCUUAUAAUUUUCUGUU